AUGGGGGCGGAGAAGGGCGGCGGGGUCGCAUCGGAGCGGAGAGCCGGAAGCACGGGCAGCCCAGCUCACUGCGACCCGGCCGAGCGGGACGGGGGCGCCAAGCCCUCUGCCGACAUGCUAGCAGUCACGCAGAACGGCAACCACCGCGCACCCACCGCCUCGGCGGGCGACUCCCCCUCAGUGCACCGCCACCCGCCCGAGGCCGCUCCAUCGGAGACUGAAGACAGUGGCGCCGGGUCCGGGCCGCUCGAAGACCCGAACAGGCUCUGGACGCACCACGACAAGAUACACGGACGACUGAAGCCACAGGAGGAGGUCUGGGAGAGCCGGAAGCCGCUGUUCACGCUGAAAACGGACGAGUUGUUCGAGCUGCCAGGACGCCCAAACGUCGCCUACAUGAUCAAGGACUACAGCCGGGAGCCGACCGGAGCCGCGCUGGCACGCGAAGAGAUACCGUUCCUGUUCAAGGCGUUCGAGGUCGGGCAAGCGCGGCCGCCGCUGCGGGCGAACCAGGCGCCGCGCGCGGCCACGAUCCACGAGUUCCUCGACUGGACCAUGACCGGCUCCGUCCCCGAGGACGUCCGCGAGUCCGUGUGCAACACCCAGGACUUCUGGGGGUUCCGGACGCUCAUCAUCUACUCCCGCUUCCGCCCGCAAUACCCCCCCCCCAAGAUCUACGACGUGGAAAUCGAGGCCCCGGAGCCGAAGCUCGCGGCGCCGAAGCCGUCGCUCCCGCUGCUGCUCACCAAGGGCAAGCCUUUGACGGCGGCCACGGUGCGCGCCGGCCGGGGGUACCUGGAGGUGCCGUUUUUCGCGACCGUCGAACACCGCAAGGGACAGGGCUUCGGGCGGGCGCUGCUCGAGGCGAUCGAGGAGGUCGCGCGGUCGCUCGGCCUGGGGCUCAUCAUGCUGUGCUCGGAGAACCACCACAACACGUGGGGGGUGUGGGAGCACUUUGGCUUCAAGAAGACCACCCGGGCGGAGUUCGCUUCCUUCGGGAUCCACCGCAGCGAGCUGCUACACAUGGACAACACCGUGCAAAUGCACAAGUUCCUCCUCCCGCGGCCGAAGUGGAUCCCGCUGAAGAUCAAGCACAGGACGCUCGUGCAGCGCGUGUUCUUCCACCGCCCCGCGGACCCGAACGACCUGGCGAUCGACCGCGCGGCGCCGGCGUCGCGGUGCCGCCGCACAGCGUCCGUCGCGGGCGCCGCGUCGUUCGGCCGCGGGACCGUCGGCGAGACGGCGAGCCCGAGCCUGAGCUUGGCGACGUCCACCGAGGGCCCGUCGACAUCGAAGGCACAUGCAAACCGUGGGAUGUCGACACGCGGGGCGCGCGCCGCGGCCGUCUCCGGCCAGGCGUUCUCGCACCACGACGACGGCGCGGGCGAGGUGCGCAGCAAGCGCCUGCGGGAGGCGGCGGGGGACUCGAGCGAGGGCGGGGCGGGGUGGGAGCGGCGGCAACGGCUGCGCACCGGCAACAGCCUCCGGAGCCUCCAUACCAGCGACUAG